AUGGGAGGUUCCAAUUCAAGUUCACACAUCCAUUGGUUGGACCCUCCAAGUUUCUCCUGCCUAACCCAGAGCUCACCACAGUGUCCAGGGAGCGCUGAUUUGGGUGAGCCUGAGUGCUACUACUUUGAGGAGUAUGAGGCUCCAAGGAUGAACCCCUCUGUUGUGGCUGCCCACAAGAGGAUUGGACUUCUCCAAAAGUUCAACAAGUGGCAAGGGAAAGCCAUUGAGAAGAUGCAAAAGUCCAUGGACAAGAUGGUGAGCAAGAUCAAAAGUUUGGAGAAGAAGGUUUCUGGUUCUUCAAGCAAGAAGAAGUCCAAGGCCCCCACAUUCCCUAGGAGUAGUCACUCCUCACCACCCAAGGAGGCUCCCUGCCCAAGAGCCUCACAGAGCCUCUUCUUUCGAGCCAAGGGAAGGAGAGACAACACGCAGAGAAGGAGGAAGAGUUCUAAGGCCAGACGCUCCAGCUCGACCACCGGACUCGAUCGAGUCCAAACAGAGGAAACUCAACUCGAUCGAGCUGACGGUCGAGUUGACCUGGAGGAGCCCCUAGUUUGA